AUGUCGCCGUCCGUCCCCGAUGUUGACCUCGACGAUCCGGACCUCCACCGCCGGCCCUUCGUCCUAGUAGUCAGCCACGCGCUAACGGGGCACGUCGAACCGUUGACCCGCGUCGCUGCGGCGCUGCGCGAGCGCGGCUGGGCCGUCGCCUUCCUGGGGCCGACCGCGCACCGCCGCGCCAUCGAGGCCGCCGUCGGCUCCGGCCCCGGCGCCUUCGUGCCGCUGCGCGGGCCCGCCGACCUCGACGGCCGUGCCUACUACGCCGACCCGCCCGCCGGGCCCGGCUACGCGGCGCGCCACUGGGCUGACCGCGUCCUCGUCGACAUCGAGGCCCAAGUCCUCGGCCCGCUGCCCGCCCAGUGGGCCUGCGUCCGUGACGCCCUCGCCGACCUGCACGCGCGCGACCCCGCCCGCGGCGUCCUCCUGCUCGCCGAGGCCUUCUUCUACGGCGUGCUGCCGCUCUUCUACGGUGCGCCGCUCCCCGACGGCGUGCCUCCGCCGCUCGGCUCCCUCUGCGUCUCCGUCACCGUGCCCGCUAUCCGCAGCGCCGACCUGCCGCCCCUCGGGUACCCUUUCCCGCCCGACGCCUCUGCUGAGGGCCGCGCCCGCAACGAGAGGCUCUGGCGCCGCAGCUGGGAGCGCAAAGCCGCGCCGCUGACCGCUCUGCUUGACGCGAAGCUACGCGAGGCCGGCGCCGCGCGCCCCGUCGGCGAGACCUUCUUUUCGGGCGCCAAUUACACCUGUCACAGCACCAUCCUGCAGCUCGGCGUCCCCGGGUUUGAGUAUCCACGUAGCGAUUGGCCACCGGGCUUCAAGUUCGCCGGGCUCGUGCAAGGCGGCAGCGGGUCGAAGCCUUCCAGGGUCCCCGAGUUCCCCUGGUGGGAUGAGAUCGUUGCGAACUCGGCGGCCGCAGAUCCCCGCGCGCGGAAGAAAGUUGUCGUCGUCGCGCAAGGCACCGUCGAGAUCAACCCGCACGACCUCAUCAUCCCAACGAUGCGCGCCUUCGCCGACCGGCCCGACGUCAUCGUUAUUGCUAUCCUGGGAUGGAAGGACGCGCGACUCUCCGACUUCUCCUCGGGCGACGGUGACGCGGCGGGGACUAUCCCGCCCAACACCCGCAUCGCCGACUACCUGUCCUACGACGCGGUGCUAGCGCACGCCGAUGUCUGGGUACACAACGCGGGCUUCGGCGCGGUGAAUCAUGGCAUCGCCAACGGCGUGCCUAUGGUGGCUGCGGGAGAGGGGAUGGACAAGGGGGAGAACGCGAGACGGAUCGCAUGGUCCGGGAUUGGAAUCGAUUUGUGCAGUGGUAAACCGACUGUCGAACAGGUGAGAGACGGGGUCGGGUGUGUGCUCGCAGACGCGAGGUUUACGACGCGCAUACGAGAACUCAAGAGGGAGAGCGACGAGCUAAAUUGUUUUGACGUGGUUCAUGAGGAACUUAUCCAGCUGGCAACCAUGCGGCCCGGUAUUAGACAGAAAAGCUAUAUUGUCUGA